AUGCAGUCUCCAGACUUUAAAUACGACAGCUCACACUUUUUUCAUGAUCUUAUGAUGUCCUGAACAUUCCCAGUUAUCAGUUUCUAUAGAAAAAACAUACCAUCUCCAGACAAUUUGAUAAAUAUUCCUAAAAGGGUAAAAUUUGAUACUUCUCUUACAAGUCUUGAAGAAGAGUGGGCAAAAGAGUCAGUAAAGCCAAGCCCAAGCUUCCUAAAAGCUCUUUUAAGAGUAAUUGGCUGAGAUAUCUUCAAAUAUUUUUUGCCUGGAAUUUUUGGGUACAAUCUUGGUCUUGCACAAGCACUUUUAGUUAUUUAUCUAACAAGAUACAUUGAAGAGAGCUCAGCGGAUCCAUGGGAUGGGGUUUUAUAUAUCACUCUUUAUGCUGUAUCAACCCUUUUUUCUUACUUUUUCCUCAAUCUUUCUGCUUUUAAAGUCUUCACUUUAAUUGCAAGAGUAAAAUCAAUGAUUCCUUGCCUUUUAUAUCAAAAACUAGUAAAUAUAUCUCAAUUAGCAAUAUCAGAAGGCAACACUAAAGGCAAAAUAGCGAAUAUAAUUGGUUCCGAGCUUGAAAUAUUAGAUGGGAUGACCAGCUUAGUUUGGCUUUUUUCCUUGCCAAUUUUUUUAAUUGGGGCAUUUUUUAUUAUAGGCUUUACUACAGGAGUUGCUGGAGUUAUUGGCUUAGUCGUAGUGAUUUUGCAUUUCCCAGCAAUUAUGCUGGUAUGCAAAAUAGCAGGGAAUUUUAGAAUUAAAGUGAAUAUUGCAGGAGAUGUAAGGAUUAAGAUGAUCACGAGCUUAAUUGAAGGGAUAAGAAUUGUGAAAUUAUAUGGAUGGGAAAGCCCUAAUUUAGAAACUAUUUUUAAGCAGAGAGCUCUUGAAAUUAAAACUGCUUAUAAAAAAAUCUGCUUUUUAAGUCUAAAUCGUACACUUAGUAAUGGCGGGAUCGGUUUAACCCUUUUUAUUACCUUUCUUAUAUAUAUUUAUUUAGGAAAUGAGCUAGAACCAGGCAUAGUUUACUCGACAGCCACAAUAUUGCUAAUGACCCAAACUAUGGUCUCUUAUAUAGGGUCCUUACUCCCUCUCUCCAUGAGGGAAAAAACAAUUUUGUUCGAUCAUGGGGAGGCGUUAAUUAAAUCUUAUAUAAAAUUUUUCUUUUUCGAAAUUUAAAAAAAUCGAAAAGUUGGAAAGAAAAAAUUAAUUUAAUUUAUAAAAUUUAUGUAUUAAAUUGCAAGCUGUUUAAAAUUCAAUAUAAUCGGCUAGAUAUUUAUUUAUCAAAAUAUUAUUUCAUAAAAAUUAUUGUUCGCUCACGGAAGGUGGUUUUUACACAAAAAAUAGAGAUUUUCCAAUGUUUGUUUUAUGGAUGUGGGGCGGAGUUAGCUGUUUUUCAAUUAUUUUUAUUCAUAAUCGCAAUGAAAAGAGUUACCGAAAUUCUCGUAAUUAAAAAUAAUACUAGAGUUUCACUCGAAAACUCAGAAGAUUAUGCGAUAAAGUUAAGCAAUGCGAAUUUUUCAUGGAAAGAAGCUGGAGAAAUCCGGGGAAUUUCAAGAAAAUCGUUAAAAAUUGACGCAGAAGUAACUACUUAUGAUGGCGAUAUAGUGCUAGAGCAUGUCAAUGCUAAAGUGAGAAAGGGGGAACUGGUAAUUGUAGUUGGGCCAGUUGGCUGUGGAAAAACUAGCUUGCUUAUGGGAUUAAUGCAAGAAAUUCCGCUGAUUGGUGGAGAUAUGAGUAUCAAUGGCAGUAUAGCUGUUGCAGGAGAAGACCCAUGAAUAGUUUCAGGGACUAUCAAAGAUAAUGUCUUAAUGGGACUCGAGUAUGAAGAAAAAUUUUAUAAAAAGGUCAUUUCAGCUUGUGCGUUAGAUAAAGAUAUAGAAAAAUUCAAAUUUGGUGAUAAUACAUGAGUAGGGGAUAAAGGAAUAACUUUAAGUGGAGGACAGAAAGCAAGACUUAGCUUAGCUAGAGCUGCCUACACUAAUAGAGAUAUAUUAUUGCUUGAUGAUCCUUUAAGUGCAGUUGACGCAGAAGUCAGUUCUCAUUUAUUUAAAAAAUGCAUAAAAGAUUUUCUAAGAGAGAAAACAGUAAUUCUAGCAACUCAUCAGACUCAUUAUAUAUCUGAAGCCGAUAAAAUUUUGGUUUUAAAUUCAGGCUCACAGCUGUUUUUUGGAGAAUUUAAUGACUUGAAACUAAAAGAAAAUAUCAUGAAUUUAAUUGGAGAAGCUGGCCAUCAGAAACCAAAAGCUGAACAAAAAUCUUCUGUAAAUGGAGUACGCGAUAUUGAGUUUAAUACUGAUGCAAAAGGUAAAUCAUUAAUGCAAGAAGAAGAAAAAACAAUAAUGACAAUUCCUUUUAAAAUUUAUUAUAAAUUUUUGACACUUGGAAGCAAAAAUUGAUUGAUGAUUCCAAUUCUUUUAGCCAUUUUAACAGUGACUCAAGCGCUUUACAGCAUGACAUUAUGGUGGCUGUCAGUGUGAUCCAAAGCAGAUCCAUCAGAUCAAGGGAGUUCUUUUUACUUGUGGGUUUAUGCAGUCAUUAUUUUAUGCCUGUAUCUUUUUACUUACUUAAGAGGAUUCUUAUUCGGAGUCGGUUUAUUAAAAAAUGCUGAAAAAUUGCAUAACUCAGCUUUAAAAGGAAUAACAGAAUCAGAAGUUUCAUUUUUUGAUAAAAAUCCUACUGGUAAUAUGGUUGCAAGAUUUUCCAAAGAUACAAUGAUGGUUGAUGAGACCCUUAUAACAUUUUUUAUCGAAUUUAUCAGCACAACCAUACUUUUACUUGGAAAUGUUACUGUUAUUGCUAUUAUUGCUCCCCCUAACUUAGCAGCAAUAAUAGCCUUUUUGUUUUAUCUUUUCAUUCUUAUAAGAACCAUAGUACCGUUAACUACAGUUUUAAAGCGUCUUGAGCUUGCCUCUAAAAGUCCAAUACUAUCAUUAGUAAAUUCUACUUUAAGCGGUCUGCCAGUUAUUCGUUGCCUUGAUCUUCAACAAAAGUUCACUAAAGAAAUGAAAAAGUUUGUCACUCACAACUUAAGAGCUUAUCUAACCUAUCAUAUGAUGCUCAGGUUUUAUCAAGGUUACUCAGAGCUUGGCGCUACUAUUGUAAGCAUUUUAAAUGUCAUUAUUUUGAUACUUUAUAAAGGAAACAUAAGCAACAGCGUUGCUGCUAUGAGUAUAUCUUUUACAAUUUCUACAUCAGGAUGGGCUAAUUGGUGGGCAAAAACAAUGAUUGAAACUGAAAAUUUGAUGGCCUCUCCACAAAGGCUGCUGGAGUAUUCUGAAAUUCCUAAGGAGGGAGAUUAUGAGUCAGAUAUUGAUUUUAAGAUUACAAAUGGCCACAUUGAGUUCAAAAAUCUUUAUAUGAAAUAUAGAGAAAAUUUGCCAUGUGUCCUUAAAUCAUUAAACUUAAAAAUUGAAGGAGGAAAAAAGGUUGGAAUAAUUGGAAGGACGGGCGCUGGCAAAUCUUCAAUAAUGCAUGCUUUAUUUCGACUAGUAAACCCUUGCUCUGGAACUAUUUUUAUUGAUGGGCAAAACUAUUUAGAAAUCGGACUUCAUCAACUCAGAAAACAGUUGUCUGUGAUUCCACAAAGCCCAACUAUAUUUUUAGCCAGUAUUAGGGAUAAUCUUGAUCCUUUUCAUGAGCAUACUGAUGAAGAAAUAGAUGAAGUCUUAAAACAUUCAAAACUAUAUGAUUUGGUCUCAGCUUUUCCACAAGGUCUCGACCAUAUUUUAGCAGGCGAUGGUGGAAACUUAUCAGCAGGACAGAAACAGCUAUUUUGUCUUGCAAGAGCCUUAAUUAGGAAGAAUAAAAUUGUUAUGAUGGAUGAAGCAACUGCAAAUGUGGAUAGAGAAACUGAUAAGCUGAUACAGAAAAAAAUUAAGAAAAAGUUUAGAGGAAGCACUUUACUUAUAGUUGCUCAUAGACUGAGGACAAUUGUAGACUCUGAUAUAAUAAUUGUGAUGGAUGGAGGAGCUUGCAAAGAGAUAGACUCACCUAAAAUGUUGGUGAGUCAAGAAUCAUCAUUAUUUCGAAAAAUGAUUAUGUGCACUGGAGCUGAGGAAUCCAACUAUUUAUUAAAUAAAAUUUCAAGCCACUAA